UAUAUAAAGCCUGACUGCGGCUCAUCACAUUCAGCACUGUCUCCCCCCUCGGCGCUGAGCAGAGCAGAGCAGAGCAGGCGAGGAGCGAGCUGUGACCACUCAAGCCAUUUAAACCUCCACAUUUCCGACCAGAUCCCCAUCGCUUUCAACUAUGACUGUCAAAACCAGCGCGGGAUCCACUGUAACUUAUUCCAAAAUGCGAGGGGUGGUCGCAAUUCUCAUUGCUUUUAUGAAGCAAAAGCGAAUGGGACUGAACGAUCUCCUUCAGAAACUAGCCUCCUCGCAGCCAUACGCCUUUAAGCAAUCUGAGGUUCCAGCCAUGUUGCACGUCAGCCCCAAAGAAACGGAAUCCAAUGAAAACAACCAGUCUUCCCCUACCAGUCCCACUACAGCACAGAUUAACCUGGGUCCUUCCUCCAACCCUCAGGCUAAACCAGGUGAUUUCAACUUUCUGAAAGUGAUUGGAAAAGGAAGUUUUGGAAAGGUUCUUCUUGCAAAACGCAAACAUGAUGACGAAUUCUACGCAGUAAAAGUCUUGCAGAAAAAGGCCAUUUUGAAGAAGAAAGAGGAAAAGCACAUCAUGUCAGAGCGUAAUGUCCUGCUGAAGAAUGUGAAACACCCUUUCCUGGUGGGGCUCCACUACUCUUUCCAGACAGCUGACAAGCUUUACUUUGUCCUGGACUACAUCAAUGGAGGCGAGUUGUUUUAUCACCUACAACGGGAGCGUUGUUUCCUUGAACCACGAGCUAGGUUUUAUGCUGCUGAGAUUGCCAGUGCCCUGGGAUAUCUUCACUCUCUCAACAUUGUUUACAGGGACUUAAAACCAGAAAACAUCUUACUUGAUCACCAUGGACAUAUUAUUCUGACUGACUUUGGGCUGUGCAAAGAAAACAUUGAACCCAAAGGCACCACUUGCACUUUCUGUGGAACACCCGAGUACUUGGCACCUGAGGUUUUACACAAGCAGCCCUAUGACCGAACAGUUGACUGGUGGUGCCUUGGUGCUGUCCUGUACGAGAUGUUGUAUGGACUGCCACCAUUCUACAGUAGAAACACUGCUGAGAUGUACGACAAUAUUCUGAACAAACCACUACAGUUAAAGCCAAACAUCUCCAAUGCUGCCAGAGAGCUGCUGGAGGGCCUGCUGCAGAAAGACAGGACAAAACGCCUGGGCGCAAAGGAAGACUUUAAUGAAAUCAAGGCCCAUGUCUUCUUUUCUCCAAUAAACUGGGUUGACCUGAAUGCCAAGAAGCUGAUGCCACCCUUUAACCCCAACGUGAGUGGACCUUCUGACCUGCAACACUUUGACCCAGAAUUCACAGAGGAACCAGUCCCAAACUCGAUAGGCAAAUCACUCGAUAAUGCUCUAAUUACAGCCAGCAUCAAGGAAGCAUCUGACGCCUUUCUGGGAUUCUCUUAUGCCCCACCCAUUGAUUCCUUCCUGUAGUGAAUCAUCAAACCAUUUCCUGAUUGUGGGUUAACUUUGUCUGAACUCUCUUUUGGAGAGUUUACCAAGCCAUGAGACUCACCCGGAAAGAGAAUUGCCACAUCUCAUGGGCAGUUGUCUAGGCUUCCAUUCCAUUUCUGAGGUGAUGAAGUCUUCGGGGAGCACUGUGAUGCUUGGUGUGUCUGGUAGAUGGUUCUGGCAACUGGUGAUGCAAAUGCACAUCAGGAGAAAGUGCAUUUUUUUUGUUUUUUAAAAAAAGGGAUGAAAUAAGAAUCUGCUGUCAUCGCACCAUUUCCAAGAUUUUUGUUUCAGACCAGACAUGAAACAAAGUGGUGAUUGUCUGAAGAGACUGUUGUUUCAGCUACACGUGCCUUUUGCUGUCAACAAGGUCGUCCUGUUGGAGCUGGUGUGAUCACAGUCAAGUGUUGUGCUGCAACAUAUGCAAAUGUGAACAGUGGUACAAGUGUGGCUAGAUCCUGGCCAUUGACUGUUCAUUCUAUUGUCUCACCAUUGACUUGAGUGAUGUUGGUUACCAGGACAGCCACUACACGAUGGGGCAUAUUUGUCACUUCCAUACUAGGAAGAUGAGAUACUAUCUUUUAUAUAAUUACCAUUCCCUCCACUUUUCCUUCCCCCAACCCAACUACCAGUAAUCUUUAAAAUAGUUCACUACAACGUGCUUAAAGCAUUGCUGCUAUGAGUAGAACUAUAGAUAUAUUUCUAGGACCAAAAUGCCCCAUUUGUGCAGUCAGUCUUAUAACUUCCACCUGGCUUGUAUGUGCUUGUCAUCUUGUGUGUGUGUGUAUAUAUAAAAUAACAAUUUUAUUUUUGUUUUGUUUUUGCAUUCCAAAUUUUAAUGGUUGUCUCAUUUCAGUUGUGCAUAUGUAAAGAAAUCUAUAUAUGUUGUGAUCAGUUGCUGCACUAGUUUUAAUGUAUAUGUAUAUUUAAGACUUUAUUAGUAAUGUAAAUGGUAUUUCUGUAUAAUAUACUGUAAUUUUAAUUUGAAAUAUAUACAUUCCUAAACAAAGGUUGGGUUUGCAAUAAAUGUGACAAUAUUUUUUAAAAAAA